AUGAAGAUUUUCGUGAAGACUCUAAAGGGUAUUACCUUCGACGUCGAAGUAAAACCCGAGGAUACGGUUGCAGAUGUGAAGAAAACCAUAGAGGGAACCAUAGAGAGUAAAGAGGAGCAUAUAAAUAUCCGGCCGCGCAGCAAAUGCUUAUCUACCAAGGGAAAUACACUGGAAGAAAAUAAAGUUGCUGAAGGCAGUUUUGUUGUUGUUAUGCUGAGCAAGGUAAAAAAACAAGGGACCUACAGGGAAGGCUCAACAACGCCAAACGCACCUAAGAUAUAUGAGAAAUUGGCUUACCUUGUUGAAGUUAAAAGUUCUUUUGAUUUUUCCCUGAGAUGGAAAUACAUUUCCUUUUUAUGGAAACAGAUAUUUUCUGGCAUGCAUAGUAAUGUGAACCAUUGUAUGCUUCAGACGUUUUGUUUCUUUGUUUUCUCAUUGUGA